AUGGAGGAGGUAGCCUUGAAUCACAUGGAAAGAAGUGCUAUUGACGACAUGAAUGCAAUGCCAUUGCAAGAGUUCACGGUGGUGGAGGUUGAAGAAGCACUUAAACAAAUGGCUCCCCUAAAAGCUCCUGGCCCUGAUGAAGCUAAGGAAGGUCAUGGUGGUUCAUAUGCUUGGAGGAGUAUUUUGAGGGGAAGGGAGGUUAUCCGGCCAGGUGCAAAGUGGAGAGUUGGUGAUGGGGAAAAAAUCAAAAUAUGGGGCGACAAAUGGCUGCCCUUUGUACAUACUCCAUUAGUCCAUGGACCCCUCAUGGCAGAAUUGCAAGAAGCCAUGGAAUGCCGCUAUGUGGUUGAUGAUCCACAAUGUCCUCUAUGUUCGCAACAUGAGGAGACCGUGCUCCAUGCACUUUGGUCUUGUCCAAAGCUAGCACAGGUGUGGAAUGAAGAUAACCAAUGGAGUUUCAAAGACAUGACAUUCCAUGACUUUCCACAAUUGCUCCUACAUGUCCUUAAUUCGGAGUGCAAUGUGGAACUAUUUGCAACGCAAGUUUGGACUGUUUGGUUCAGGAGAAAUAAGGUUAGAACAACUCCUCCAGGCUUUCCUUUGUAUCUGAUAGCACAGAGAGCAUAUGAGGCAUUGAUGGAGUACAGGGCAGCUCAGCAACGGACAAUCAGCACAAGGUCCUCGGUCAGAUUAGGUGCAAGGUGGUCACCUCCUCUAGAUGGCUGGUAUAAAGCAAACUUUGAUGCAGUAACGUUCCAAGAGGAUGAAAGAGCAGGUAUCGGUGUCAUUUGGCGUGACAGCAAGGGGUUGGUAAUGGCAUCUGCUUCACAGAACAUUCAGCUCAUGUCUUCAGUGGUGGAAAUGGAAGCCUUGGCAACCAUCUGA